AUGUUUUACCUACUUCUGUCAUCAAAAAUAACCCUUUACACUUUAUUUCCUUCACAGGGCACCAAUGCCUCAACAUUGGAAAAAGAGAUUGGCCCGGAGCAAUUUCCUGUAAAUGAACAUUACUUUGGUUUGGUCAAUUUUGGCAACACCUGCUACUGCAACUCUGUUCUACAAGCACUUUAUUUUUGUCGCCCGUUUCGGGAGAAAGUUCUGGCAUACAAGGUCCAGCCACGGAAGAAGGAAAGCUUACUUACAUGUUUGGCAGACCUUUUUAACAGCAUUGCUACACAAAAGAAGAAAGUGGGGGUUAUACCCCCCAAGAAAUUCAUCUCCAGACUGAGGAAAGAGAAUGAACUGUUUGACAACUACAUGCAACAGGAUGCUCAUGAAUUUCUAAACUACCUUCUAAACACUAUUGCUGACCUGCUGCAAGAGGAGAAGAAACAGGAGACCCAGAAUGGCAAGCUGCAGAAUGGGAGCCUGGAGCUCCAGGAACCUGAUAAGCCUGACCUCACCUGGGUUCACGAGAUCUUCCAGGGAACUCUAACCAAUGAAACCAGAUGUCUUAACUGUGAAACUGUUAGUAGCAAAGAUGAAGAUUUCUUAGAUCUCUCUGUGGAUGUGGAACAAAAUACUUCCAUUACACACUGCUUAAGGGGGUUCAGUAACACAGAAACACUAUGCAGCGAAUACAAGUAUUACUGUGAGCAGUGUCGAAGCAAACAGGAAGGACAGAAAAGGAUGAGAGUAAAGAAGUUGCCUAUGAUAUUAGCCUUGCACUUGAAAAGGUUUAAAUACAUGGACCAACUGCACCGAUAUACCAAACUUUCCUAUCGUGUGGUGUUUCCAUUGGAGCUUCGGCUUUUCAACACAUCUGGGGAUGCUACCAAUCCAGACCGAAUGUAUGACCUGGUAGCUGUGGUAGUCCACUGUGGCAGUGGGCCAAACCGCGGACACUACAUCACCAUUGUAAAGAGUCAUGGGUUCUGGCUGCUGUUUGAUGACGACAUUGUAGAGAAAAUUGAUGCCCAAGCCAUUGAAGAGUUCUACGGUUUAACAUCAGACAUUUCCAAAAAUUCAGAGUCGGGAUAUAUCCUGUUUUACCAAUCUAGAGACUGA